AUGUCUUACUCCACGUUACCCCAGGAGCCACAGACUCAACCUCCUGCUUAUGAGUCGUCUACGGCUAACUCGCCAUACGGAGAACCUUCGGGCGCUAGAACCGAUGGUGACAAUAUUCCUGAUGACUUCAAGUACUCCCUGAACGUGGCAGCUUGUGAAUUGCCAGUUCGUCAGAUGUUUAUCAGAAAAGUGUAUGCCAUUUUGUGUUUGCAGAUCCUUGUUACCGUUGCUGUGGGCUUCUUCAUCAAACUGAGCCUGUCCGUGCAAAAUUGGUGCUUGAAUAACCAAUGGCUCUUCUGGGUAUCCUUCAUCGGUGCCUUUGGUUUCAUGAUCGGUGCCCACAUCAAGGCCCGCUCCUACCCUACAAAUCUCAUGCUACUUGCGGGUUUCACCCUAUGUGAAGCUUACAUUGUUGGUUUAGGUUGUUCUUUGGACAAGUCUGAGGUUCUCGUAAAGGCUGCGCUUACAACUGGUGUGAUUUUCGUUGGAUUAACUGCCUUCGCUUUCCAAACGAAAUAUGACUUUAGAAGCUGGCAAGGUGCCUUAGGUAUGGGCUUGUGGGCAAUUAUCGGAUGGGGCUUGGUGAUGAUGUUCUUCCCUGGAUCGGAGACUGUCAACAUGGUCUACUCCGGGCUCGGCGCUAUCCUCUUUAGUGCUUACAUUGUCGUGGAUACUCAGAUUAUCAUGAAGUCCAUGCACCUUGACGACGAGGUUCCCGCUGCCAUCAAGCUCUACUUGGAUAUCUUGAACCUCUUUUUGUUCAUUCUCAGAAUGAUGCGUAACUCGGAUGACUAA